CCUCACGAAAACAAAUCUUCUCAAGCGCUUUGUAUGCUGAACAGCACAUUGGAUUCCAGGAUUCCAGUCGCAGAUCUCGGGCUGCUACUGCGCUAGGAUGGGCAAUUACGUGUCACUGUAUUUGACCAACCCAAAGGGAACUCCGCUACCACUAACGGAACCGAGUUUCGAUCCCAACCUUGGUUUCCCCAAUGGCAGAAAGGAACGGGUUAUGAUUGCCACUCAGGAGGAAAUGGAAGCAGCCAAGCUGCCACUGGAGGCUCGUGAUUACUGUGCCCAUAAACUGAUCCAAUAUCGUGCAUGCCGAACCGAUGUUUGGCCAUGGGCGUAUAAAUGCGCUCACGAGAAGCAUGAAUACCUAAAUUGCGAAUACGAAGACUACAUUCUGCGGCUAAAAGAGUACGAACGUGAAAAGAGAUUGCUUCAACGAAAAUUGAAAAUAGAGAAGAAGCAGGAGCAGGAGCUUAACGCUUAAACUGAUGUCAGUGCGGUUAAACAAAGCAGUGCGUUUCUUCUUUUCUUUUCGGUGUAGCUCGUUCCCUGGGGAUUCGCCCUAUAUCGCAGCAUGUGCAUAAUGAGUUAAUAGACAAGAAUACUUG